AUGGUGAAUCAAGAAGAUUCAUUUCAUGAAAUUCAAAGACCGACACACAGAGAUUCAUUUGCUUUCCCAAUAGUUAUCCGAAAUUCAUCAUCAAGAGAGAACAUUCCCUGGGAAUUAAAUUCAAGGCACAUUCUUGGCCCUGUGAGUGUUUUUGGCCCAAUACGAUGGCCUCCAUUGUUAGAACCAUCUCCAAAUACUCCACAAAAUUCCAUUCCAAAGGAAACAACCAAAAAAGCCCAUGAAAAGGACGAAACCGAUGGACACAAGUUUCUAAUGCACAAUUUGAAAAUUGAAAAUGACGAGCAUUCCCUUGAGAAUAUUGAGAUAGAAAGAUCAGUAAGGUCGGCAUUCUUGCAAAUGAUGGCUAUAGCAACAAUUCAGGACGAAAACUUCCAACUUCCAUAA